GCUAACGAGGCUAGCAAUAUGUACUACCGGUAGUUAACUGAUAAAUGUCUGUGUUCUUAAGGUCAGUUAAAGAUAACGUUGGUGGGAUUAGACUUUAAUAUUACAGCCUUAGUAGCCUCAUCACUGUGUCCAAGCGUUUCAGUCGACUUAUCUUACUGUUCACAGAAUGGAGGCUACUCAGAUGAUCAGUGACUCAAUAUUGGAGUCAGAUGAGGACGAAAACAAAGAGGAGAAUCAAGAUAAGAGGGGAAAACCAUUGGCUAAACUGUGCAUCUUAAAAAAUGAACACAUCCCUGAGACAGAGUUGCCACUCUUCUUGGGAGAUAAUGUGCUGGGCCGUGACCCUGACACCUGCACCGUGCCCUUGCCAGCACCCUCAGUAUCCAAGCAGCACGCUACCAUCUGCCUCUCUGUCUACAGGAGAAGAGGUUCUCACAGUGAAGUGGACAUGGAGGCUUUGGUUUGGGACCAAGGGAGCAUGAAUGGGACUCGCAAGGGCCGAUUAAAGCUGACUCCUAAAGUGCGCUAUGCCCUCAGUGAAGGUGACAGUUUGAUGGUGGCCGACAUCCCAUGUCAGUAUGUCAGCUGCACUGUCUCUUCUCAAGAGGAUAAAAGGACACCUGUAGGCAGACGUUCAGGGGUAAAGGCGCAGUUGCCAGAUGCCAUGGUAGAAAAGGAAGGUGACACAAGCGUGGGUAGCACGAAAGGUGUUAAUGGAGGUGGAGAGGCUACGGUGUCAUUACUUGACCAAAAGGAUGCAAAGAAGACUCCUGUGAGAAGCAGUUGCCUGUCCUUUGAGAAAACUCCAACCCAGCCACAGGGGACCCUGGUCCCAGAAUCUGACUCGGACUCAAGCGAAGAAAGAGGAGACAGAAGGCGCAGGCCUCUAGUGUCCAGUUCUGAAUCCUAUAAAUCAAGUCCCACCUGUUCAACAUUCCUAAGUCCCAUGAACAAAAUUGUCCCUGAAAGUGAGGAUGAGAGUCCCAUCACACCUUCCUCCUCCACUAAAAACAGGCCUCACAGACACGUCAGCUUCAGCAACGAGGAGACAGACACAGAUGAGGGGCGACAGCAGCUGAAGAAAGAAAAGGCUCUUGUUAUUGUGGACAACAGUGAAGAAGAGGAAGAAGGGGAAGAAGAAAGAGCAGCACUGGAUGGGAGAGAGUCUGAGGAAAGUGGACAACACGUGCCAGAGAAUCAGAAAAGCAAUGUCAGUCUUUCAGGAGAGGGUGAAUUGCCUGUAUCCACACCAGCAGCCUUCACAGAUGCAAUCCCUGCAUUUAACAUGGACAGUGACACUGAUGUGGAGGGAGAGGAGGAAGAGGUGGCAUAUGUGGGUCCCAUGAGCCUAAAUACAAACCAACACACUGAUCAGCCACCAAACAAAGCCCAGUUACACAUGGACAGUGAUACAGAUGUCGAUGAGGAUGAUGAUGCCUUGGAUAAAGUUCCCAAAUCUGUGCCUUCCUCUGCUGACCACACCAAACCUCCUCAUGUUAUUUCAGUUCUUCAGCCAGAGGGCAUCACUAUGGACAGUGACACUGAUGUGGAUGAUGAUGAUGAUGAUGAUGAUGAUGCUGCUGUGUCAGAUGCUGCUACAAAAGCAAAACCCACGUCACUUCAGUGCACGCCCACAACUGACAGUGCUCCUUCAACGCAGCUGAAAGAUUUCCACCUGGACAGUGACACAGAUGUUGACGAGGAAGAAGAAAAGAUACGUGGUACAAAUGAAACAUGCUGUAAAACAGAUGAAACUGCCACUCGGUUAGAUAUCAAACAAAUUGGGCCUGAAUCUGCCGCUGCUGCACCUCACAGCUUGCAUCUAGAAAGUGACACAGAUGAUGAAGAUGUUCCUGCCCCUGCCAUCAGUGAACCUGCAGAGCUGUCUUCUGUCACAGAAUCAUGCACCGCUGCAGUCGCAGGAGCUGAUUUGGAUAUUCUGUCUGACAGCGACACAGACGUGGAAGAUGACUCUCCCCUGGUCAUACCUGUUGCUGUCGCCUCUCUGUCAGAUUGUUCAGGUACUGUGUCAGAAGCUCGAAAGUCAGAUUCUGAUGCAGACACAGAUGUUGAUGAACCCAGUGUGCCCCCUGCUGGAGACAGGGUCAAUCCAGCUGAACUUGAAAUGGACAGUGACACAGAUGUGGAAGAUAACGGGGAUUUUGGAGAAACAGGCGAGGGACAGAUUCCUGGCCUGUGCAGAGAAAAUACACCUGGGUUGCUGGUUUCCCUUCAGCCGAACUGCUCCACUCCUGUCCAGGUGUCAGAAGAAGCAGUGGAAAAUAUGGACACUCAGGCCUUCCUGAGUCCCUCUUCAGUUCCAUUUAGAUUACCCCAAGCUAUUGGACCUAUAGCUUUGUCUUCCUGCUCAGACAGCCAGGAGGAUGAGGACUUUGUUGUGGCCGAGACGCAGUCCUUCAUUAUUCAGGCCAGAGACGACAAGGGCAAAGCUCCAGAGGACCACAGCAUGGAGCCCACCCAAGCUUUUGGCAUCAACUCUUCUGGUGAUGAAAAAGCAGAACAGUCCAGCAGAGGAGGGUCUUUCCAGCUGGGAUUGUCUGAUAGCAGCCACCUGCAGGAUCAGGCCCGAGCUCUGGCCACUGAGAGCACCCAAGCUUUUGUCUCUGAUGUGGAGGGUGUGAAUCUCGAAGAUACUGAAGCUUAUGCAGCUAUCUCAAAUGCAGACAGAACCUCCUUGGAGAAUGACUCAAAUCUGGAGGCUACACAGGCCUAUGGAGAGGGUGCCAGAUGUUUGGUAAUGUCUCCAAAAGAAGGUCAGGUAGAUUUGGCCCUAGAAGCCACACAGGCAUAUAUUUCUGAGCCUUACAGUGAUUCAGAUGAUGAAACUGAUGAAGAUGAGAGAAAAAACACUGCUGUUGCUGAGACUCAGCCUUUCAAUGUCCCCACCUCAUCUUCUCUAGCCAUGGCUGAAACCCAACCAAUGUGUGCUUUUGAGGAAGAGGAGGAGGAGAGUUUGGAUGAAGAAAACCCUGUUUCCUCUGUACAACAAGUUAAGCCCAAAUCACAGAAUGAAACAGAAGAGAAAAUAGAAAAUGAGGAGGCAGCUCAACCUCAGAAUAAGCAUCUCGGUCAAGCUCUGUCUGUAGCUGAAACUCAGCCCAUGCAUAUAAGUGACGAUGAGGAGAGUGAUGAUGAGGCCUUUAUUCCAGGUACAAAGAAAAGCGAAGCAAAGCCACUGCAGCUCGAAGACGAGCAGGCACAAACACUAACAAACUCAGAGUUGUCACUUGUUGAAACCCAGCCCAUGCACUCAGCUGUAGCUGAAACUCAGCCCAUGGCUACAAGUGGCAAUGAGGACAGUGAUGUGGAGGACUCAAUCCCAGGUCCACGAAAAAGAAAAGCAAAGCAGCUAAGGCUCGAAGAUGAACGGUCACAGACUCUCACAAACUCUGAGCUCUCUGCUGCUGCAACCCAGCCAAUGGAUGCAGGUGAAGAUGAGCAGAGUGAUGAAGAGGACUCGAUUCCAGUUAUACGAAAAAGGAGAGCAAAACCAUUGCCACUUGAGGAAUCACAGCCUCUAACUAAUUCUGAAGUCUGUGCAGACAGAGAAAGUGAUGAAGAGGACUCGAUUCCAGGUCCACGAAAAAGGAGAGCAAAACCUUUGCAACUUGAGGAAUCACAGCCUCUAACUAGUUCUGAAGUCUGUGAAGAAAGAGAUAGUGAGGAUGAGGAUUCAAUCCCAGGUCCACGAAGAAGAAAAGCAAAGUCACUGAAACUUCCAGAAGAAGAUACACAACCGCUCACAAAUUCUGAAGCCUCAACUGUUGAAACUCUUCCCUUGGAAACCAAAACUGGCGUUCAGCCUCAGAAGGGAAAAGGGAGACAAUCUGAAGCUGGAACCAGUGGCACCACUACAAGAGGGACAAGGGCAAGAUUAAGAGAAGAGGAGGAGCAGGCAGAGUGUCCUCAACCUCCCAAGAGACAGACAAGAGGAAUGAAUAAAGCUUUGCCAACUACCAGAGGAAGGAGAGGAAAAUCAAGGCCGAGUGAGGAGGAGAGUGAGGAAGAGGAGGAGGUUGAGCAGCCCAAACGAGCUAGAGGGAAGAAAUCCAUGAGGCAACAGAACGAAAAUGAGAAAGAAAGGCUUGAAACAGAAAGAAACAAGCAAGCUGAACAUAACAAAUUGGAAAGGGAAAGAAAAGAGAAGGAACGACAAGAAAAUUUGCAGGCUGAAAAUGCAGAAAGGUUAAGAAUUGAGCAGGAGAUAGCAGAAAAAAAGAGAAUAGAGAAGGAAACAAAAGAACAAGAAGAACAAAAAAGAGCUGAAAGGGCCCAAAAGGAAAAAGAAGAACAAUUAGAGAGGGAAAGAAAGGAGAAGGAAGAAAAAGAGAGAUUAGAGCAUGACAACGCUGAAAGAGAAGAGAAGGAGAGAUUGGAGAGAGAAGAAAUGGAAAGAAUAGAAAAGGAAAGAAAGGAACAAGAAGAAAAAGAAAGAUUAGAGCGUGAAAAGGCAGAAAGAGAACAGAAGGAGAGAUUGGAGCUGGAGGAGGUAAAAAGAAUAGAAAAGGAAAGAAGGGAAAAAGAGGAAAAAGAAAGAUUAGAGCGUGAAAAGACAGAAAGAGAGGAGAAGGAGAGAUUGGAGAGGGAAGAGAUAGAAAGAAUAGAACAAGCAAAGAGGGAAAUAGAAGAGAGACUUGAGAAGGAGAAGAAGGAACAAGAACACGAAGCAAGACUGGAGAGGGAAGCAAAGGAAAGGGAAGAAAGAGAGAAAGCGGAGAAAGAAGAAAAAGAGGCAAAAGAAAAACAAAUAAAAGAGCAACAAGAAAACAAGACCAAAACGCCUGCAAGAGGUCGGAGAGCAGCCAAAAGAACAGUUGCUUCCUCCAGUACAACAGAGCUGGAACAAGACUCAACAGUAGCAGCCAACGAGGAUGUCCCAGCAAGGAGAACCAGGUCUCGCUCCAACUCCUCCAACUCUGUCAGCUCAGAGAGGUCUGCUUCGAGUGUGAACACCCGGGGGAGAGGGCGGGGCAGAGGAGCAAGAAGGACCAGUGAGCCACCCCAGGCAGCCAGCACUAGAAGCAGCAAUAGGAGGAGAACAGUGGCUGCAGGAUCAACAGAACAGAAUACUAAUGACAUUUCUCCUCAGGGAGUGCUCUCGAGGUCUAGCUCCACCAACUCCCUCAACUCUGACACUUCCAGCCACAGCUUGAGCUCUCAAAGCAGAGGAAGAGGGGGUAGGCAGCGAGGAAGAGGGAGGAAAACGGAGGCAGAGCCCAUCUCCUUCCCUCCUGGAAAUAGUCAGAGUGACCAGACUUUGGCUCCCAAAUCUACAACCAGAGGCAGGAAGAGCAGGAAAGUAGAGGAAUCCUCUAAUGAGGUUCCCCAUGAGGAGGAAAAAGAGAAGGCAGGCCCUCAGCAGGCAAGUACCACAAGAGGGCGACGGAGAGCCAAUGCAAAUGACUCUGAGCCUGCUGCUGCAGAUAAGGAAGGCCCUACUAAUAAGGAGGAAGGAUGUACCAGUGAAGAAUCACCUCUGGCUAAAAAGAGUGUCAGGACCAGAGGCCAAAAAGCAGAAAAGAGUGAGAUUGUGGAUGCACCAGUAGCUCCUGCAGUCAGUGAUGGAGAUGAAGCUAAAGAGAAAAGAAAAGGGAGAAAAAGAGAGUUUGAGGCAAAUGCAGAAGAGGAUUCCAGCAGUAGUUCUAAAAUAUCCAAAGGGAAGGAGAAAGCCCAGAAAACAGAGGCAGCAGAAGAAGAAGCGAAAGCUGAAACAAAAGAUGACGCUCCAGUCCAAGCUAAGAGAAGAGGCCAAGCGAAGAAGAAUGCAAAAGAUUCCCCCACUGAAUUGGAGGUGAAAGAAGAGAGUGAGAAAAUGGAGGAGGGGACGGCUGACAGAAGAGGCAGAGGACGGCAACCAGUGGUCCAGAAAAAGAAGAAAGAGCAGCAGGAGGAAAGUGGAGCAUCUAGUGAGGACCCACGUGAGGAGGCAUCAGAGCCCCAGACUCCCACCAGCAGUGUGUCCCGCAAGCGACAGGCUCCUGUGGACGCCUCACCUGUGGCAAAGACUCCUCGCUCCUCCUCUGCUUCCCCAGCAGCUAGCGGUCGAUUGCGGGCUGUCAACCGGGCCUUCAAGGUCCUGUUCACUGGUGUGGUGGAUGAACAAGGGGAGAGAGUGCUGGCUCGUUUGGGAGGCAGCAUGGCUAAAGGUGUGGCAGACAUGAACUGUCUGGUGACUGAUAAGGUGCGCAGGACCGUCAAGUUCCUGUGUGCGGUAGCUAAAGGAGUCCCUAUUGUCACCACGCACUGGCUUGAAAAGAGUGGUAUAGCUGGGAGCUUCCUGCCUCCUAAUUUGUUUCUUGUGAAGGACCCGGAGCAGGAGAAGAAGUUCAAUUUCUGCCUGCAGGAGUCUCUGAGGAUUGCCAGCAGCCAGCGUCUCCUACAGGGGUAUGAGAUCCAUGUCACAAAGUCAGUGAAACCAGAGCCACCUCAAAUGAAAGACAUAAUCUCCUGCAGUGGAGCUGCCUUUCUACCUAAGAUGCCCUCUUCUCAUAAGUCCCAGACUGUAGUGAUUUCCUGCGAGGAGGACUGGUCGCUGUGUGGUCCGGCUCUCUCUGCAUCUCUCCCAGUCGUCACAGCUGAGUUCAUUCUCACUGGCAUCCUUCAGCAGAAACUUGACCUGCAGACCCACACACUCUCUGCCCCUACACAUACUGUGCAGCCUGCAGGAGGCAGGGGAAGGAGCAGGAAGAAAACAUAGCACCGCCAGAGUAUACUGUCAAAACCCACCGUCUGCUUGUGGGAAAUCUGCCCAGUGGGGUUUUUCCGUCGCUCAUAGAUUCCCUUUCAAAACAGAGACCUGUAGAAACACGAGUGAGUGUUUGUAUGUAUGAAAAAGACUGUAAGAAUGUAUUCCAACAUAUUUCGAUGAAGUAUAGGUGUGUAAUUUUAUGCUGUUGGCUGUCAAAUGUGAAACAAUUUUAGGUGCUGUUUUGCAAGAAAGCGAUGGAAGAAACGACAUUAAGGAGAAGUACUAACCUAUGAAGAGACUGCAAUUAGUGUUUCUAGAUCUACACUUGGUACAGUCUUUUUUAUAGUUUUUUGCAUAGUUUUUAAAGUUGUAAAAGCUAAAACCAGUGUUGCUGCUAUGCAUUGUGGGAAAUAAUUACCCAUGAACCGUCCUUGUCACUUUCCCCCUCUCACCCUCCCCUGUGCUCCACCUCUCUCUUUGUACGGAGAUAGCAAGCAGAGCAGGAAUUAACACUGCUAAAUUGCAGCUACUCCCCA